GACGACGCCGCCGUCGUCGUCCCUCACCUCAGCCCCGUCGGCCGGCGGCUGUGGAGGCCAUGGCGGAGGACGGGGGCCGGCGGGGACGGCGACGACGACAAGAAGAAGAAGAAGAAAUGGAGGACGACGACGAAGAAGAAGAAGAAGAAGAGGAGGAGGAGGAGGAAGAGCAGGAGGAAGAAGCCCCGGGGGCGGCCGAGACCAAUGGCAAAGUGAUUCCUUCCAAAUUGGAUAGCAACAAACAAGGUGAAGAAAUUCUGUAUGAAACGGCAUCCAAGGAUGAGGACGAGCCCACCGGACAGAGUUCCACGAGAGAGGCCGACAGUAACAUUUUGGAUCUAUCGUCCGAUUUUCCAAGAGAAAAACACAUCUCAAUUCAGAAGCAACUUACCAACCUAGAGAAGUUAGCCAGCCUGGCCGAAGAUGAAUCGGCCUCCCUUGAAUCACCGAACACAGAUCACGUUGAAGCUGAUAGGAAGUUUUGUCCACUUUGUGCUAGAGAAAAAUUCAAAGCUUCUUCUGCUCACAAGCUUCAUCGGCAUCUUCAGAAUUUACACUGGAAAGUCUCUGUUGAAUUUGAAGGUUACAAAAUGUGCAUCUGUUACUUACCGUGCCGGCCAGUAAAAUCAAACCUGAUAGGAGACCAGACCAUUACAAAGAUGGGAGCUCAUUACCACUGCAUUAUUUGUUCAGCAACAAUCGCACGACGAACUGAUAUGGUAGGGCAUAUCAGUCGCCAUAUAAAUAAAGGAGAGACUGAAUCCCGAUAUAUUGCAGCUUCUGCGGCUAAACCUUCUCAUGAAGUUCUGAAAGAGGCAGACACAGAUAUUCAUGUUCUUCCUAAUUAUUCCACGCCUGAGAAAACAGACACCUAUUUUAAUCCCAAAAUGAAACUGAACAGGCAGCUCUCAUUCUGUGCACUAGCUGUCCUAGCUGAGGAACGAAGUCCUUUGGAAUGUUUGGAUGCUUUUGGAGCCACUGGCAUAAUGGGAUUACAGUGGGCAAAGCACCUUGGGAAUUCAGUAAAGGUUACAGUUAAUGAUAUUAAUGAAAAUUCGGUGAUGAUGAUUCAGGAAAACUGCCAUUUAAAUAAAAUGAAAGUGGUGUUGGGCAAUAAGGAAGAGGAUGAGGGACAUGAAGACCUUGAAGUAGGAGAAGAAAACGUCGGCACUAUUGAGGUGACCAAAAUGGAUGCCAAUGUGCUAAUGCAUUUGAGAUCAUUUGAUUUCAUACACUUAGAUCCAUUUGGAACAUCAGUGAACUACCUGGAUUCGGCAUUUAGGAAUGUAAGAAAUCUUGGAAUUGUGUCAGUAACGUCCACGGACAUCAGUUCUUUGUAUGCUAAGACGCUGCACGUGGCACGACGUCACUAUGGUUGCACCAUUGUCCGAACAGAAUACUACAAAGAACUAGCAGCAAGAAUUGUAGUAGCUGCGGUGGCAAGAGCCGCAGCCCGGUGUAAUAAAGGGAUAGAAGUUCUACUUGCAGUAGCACUAGAACAUUUUGUGCUAGUGAUUGUCAGAGUUUUGAGAGGACCUUCUCAGGCAGAUGAAACAGCAAAGAAGAUUCGUUACCUUAUUCACUGUCAGUGGUGUGAAGAGAGGAUUUUUCAAAAGGAAGGAAAUAUGGUUGAAGAAAACCCAUACCGACAGCUGCCUUGCGACUGCCACGGAAGCAUGCCUGGAAAGACAGCGAUAGAACUUGGUCCUCUGUGGUCAGGGUCCCUCUUUAAUACAGCAUUCCUCUGGAGAAUGCUGUGUAAAACUGUUGAGCAUGGUUUAGAAGACAUUCAGACCUUAAUAAAGACCUUAAUAUGUGAAGCAGAGUGUACGACUCUGAACCAGCUUUCGAUUCAUGGACCUUCAAAUCUCAGCAAGCAUGAGGAAUGUGGAGUAAUUAUUAAAACUCCGGAUUUGGCAGCAGACUCCUGUGGUAUACAUGGAAAAAGGAAAAGUAACGAAGUGAGCAGAAACGCAACCAAGAGGCAAAAGGCAGAAGUCAGUGCCGAACACCCUCCCUUUUACUACAAUAUCCAUCGACAUAGUAUCAAAGGGAUGAAUAUGCCAAAGUUAAACAAGUUUCUGCAGUAUCUCACCCAGGCUGGGUUCCGUGUGAGCCGUACCCACUUUGACCCUACGGGAGUCCGUACAAAUGCCCCUCUGAUGCAGUUCAAGUCCAUCCUCGUGAAGUACAGCACCCCCACAGCCGCCGGAGGCCAGACGGACGGCCACCUGCACUCGGUGGAAGAUGCAGCACCGGACCCUCCCCAGCUCCCGGCGGACGGCAAAUCCAGGGCGGAAAGCUUCUUCUCAGAUUUCCGUACAGCCGAUCUGGCAGCCGCCGUGUAGAGACGGAGCUGGGAUUCUGGGGAUGUAACGCCGUGGGUCUGAGAAGCCAAACAACCCUAGUUGUACACUGACACAGCAGCCACCCGUUUCACUGCUUUUGGAAGCUAAGCUUUCCAGUUUUCUCUUGUUUUAAAGGAGACCAGUUUAAAGAUUUUACAAGACUUCA